CAUUCGUAAGCAACACAACAAGCUGUUUACAAAAAACUGAAUUUAUAUAAUUUCAUCAUCAUUUGUGUAUCAUAACUAUCAUUGAAAAACAUUAAAUUCCGUGAAUUAAGUACAAGUGCAUGCCCCACAAACAAUCUAAUGCCGUUACCUCCAAACAGUUGACCUACUAUUCUACCACUGCACAACCUAAAAAAACCUUAAAAAAUGGGUGGUAAAGCAGAAAAAGGUACUCCAAAGUACAUAGCGAACAAAAUAAAGGCUAAAGGCCUUCAAAAACUGCGAUGGUAUUGCCAAAUGUGUCAGAAACAAUGCCGAGAUGAGAAUGGUUUCAAAUGCCAUACGAUGUCGGAGUCUCACCAGAGACAGCUCCUAUUAUUCGCUGAUAAUGCUAAUAAGUAUAUAGACGAGUUCUCCAAGGAGUUUGCUGACGGAUAUCUGGAACUCCUUCAUCGUCAGUUCGGUACAAAACGCGUGAAUGCUAACAAAGUGUAUCAGGAGUAUAUUUCUCAUAGAGACCAUCUCCACAUGAACGCCACACAAUGGGAGACGCUCACCGAGUUCGUGAAAUGGCUCGGCCGCGAAGGCAAAUGUGUGGUCGACGAGACUGAGAAGGGCUGGUUUGUAGCGUACAUAGAUAGGGAUCCGGCUGCAAUAGCCGCGCUCGAAGCUAAGGCUAAGAAGGAGAAGAUGGAUAAAGAUGAUCAGGAAAGAAUGCUAGAAUUCAUACAGAAGCAAGUUGAGCGCGGCAGGAAGCAGGGCUCGGAAGAGGGACCCUCAUACUCGGAGUUCAAACGUGAGAGCAGCCAGGAGAAAGUUGUGCUCAGCCUCAAGAGGAAGACUGAAGAGAAGAAACCAGAGCCCCUGCCAGUAUCAGCGCUCAAGCUGAAAGUGAAAGAGGAGUCUUCUAAGAAGCAGAAGACAGAAGACAGCAGAAGCAAGCAGUCCGCGCUCGAAGAUAUCAUGAAAAUGCAGGAGAGAGCUAAGGAGAAGGCUAAUAGAAAAGACUACUGGCUCCACGAGAACAUAGUUGUGAAGGUAACGACCAAGUCUCUGGGCGACAAGUUCUACAAGCGCAAGGCGGUGGUCGAGCGCGUCGUCGACAAGUACUGCGCGCAUGUCAAGCUUACUGAUGAUAGUGCUAGGAUUAAACUUGAUCAAAAUCACCUAGAAACCGUGAUUCCUUCGACGGGCCGCGCGGUCCGGUUCGUGAACGGCGCCUACCGGGGGAACACCGGCGUACUCAGGAGUCUGGAUAUAGACAACUAUUGCUGUGAUGUCGAGAUAUCAGAAGGCCCUCUGACCGGUCGUGUUGUAAAAGGAGUACAAUAUGAAGACAUAAGCAAACUAGCGACGUGACACCAGCUGUAUUGUGAUAAUAAUAUAAAUUAUAAUUAAUAAUAAAUGAAUUCUAGUUUUAAUAAACUUUUUAAG